AUGGAAGCAAUUCAACGUCGUGCAGGCAAUAUUGCCGAUUUAUUACCAAACGAUCUAAAGGAAAAAAUCAAACAGUUACAUUCACGUAUUGUAAAAUUGGAAGGUGAAAAGUAUGAUUUGGAGAAACGACACGAGCGCCAGGAAUAUGAUUUGAAAGAGUUGCACGAGCGUGAACGUCAGGUUGCUCGUAACAAAGCUUUACAAAGAGGUUUGGAUCCUGAAGAAGCAGCUGCUUCCAUACAUCCGCCAAAGAUCAAUGUCGUAUCAAAAUUCGAUCGUCAGAUUGAUAGACGCUCAUAUGGCGAUCGGCGAGAUCUUUACGAACACCCAGUAAUUAAGAAGCCGCCAAAAAUUGCUCACGGAACAGCUCGUCCACCACCAGAAUGGGGCCGACGUGAAAACGAAGAACUGGAACAGAUCCGUAAAAAUUUAGAACCGCCUAAAUACGUAGAGCAAGUGAAAGCAGAUGGUGAUGCUGCAAAACCACCAGUUCAACCAAUUCCACUCAAUGUGCCUGGUGUUGAUGAGGUUGAAGACGAAGAAAGGCCAUCGGCUGGAGCUACCGAACAAAAUGUGGCUCCAGACGAAGAAGCAGGAAAUGCUCCAGCGGAAGAUACGAAAGCCAGCCGGAAGGCAUCCGGUGCGGCAGGUGGCAAAGCUACUGCGCCACCACCAACGAGCAAGAAGCCAGUGAAAGCGAAAUGA